AUGGCGGAAUCAUUAAGUUUGCAGAGAGAUAUUAAUAGAGUGUUGGAGUUGUUGGAAAUACUUCAGAGAUGCCCUGAAAUACAGCCAUCAAAGUUGGCAGCCUUACAGCGCAUACUACAGUCAGACUUUUGUGACAUGAUUCGUGAAGUUUAUGAGCAUAUAUAUACAACUGUUGAUAUUAAUGGGUCAGAAGAAGUGAAAGCAAGUGCAACAGCCAAAGCUACUGUUGCAGCUUUUGCUGCAAGUGAAGGACACGCUCAUCCACGUGUCAUAGAACUACCAAAGACUAAUGAAGGUCUAGGUUUCAAUGUUAUGGGUGGUAAAGAACAAAAUUCACCUAUUUACAUAAGUCGAAUUAUUCCUGGUGGUGUUGCAGAUCGUCAUGGUGGUUUAAAACGUGGUGAUCAAUUGCUAUCAGUAAAUGGGAUUUCUGUGGAGAGUGAACAUCAUGAAAGAGCUGUUGAACUUUUGAAAUUAGCACAAGGUACUGUGAAACUUGUGGUAAGAUAUACACCACGUAUUCUUGAAGAGAUGGAAGCACGUUUUGACAAGCAGAAAGCUCGACGUCGGCAACUUAAUUAAUACAAAUUUGGAGGUGUGUAUGCAUAAUGCUGUGCUGUAUCACUCACUAGAUUAUUUAGACGAACACUGCAGGUUGAGUUGUCUAACAACUUUCUUCAAAUAGUUUGUUUUUUUCAACUCUGUCUUUCUAUUCUAACUUGUUACAUUCUCAUUAGGAUCUGUAUAUAAUUUGUUGUUUAUAUUAGUUUUUGAUCAUUUUGUUGAUUUUCAAUUUUUCAUUAUACUCUGUUUUAACAUGCUGUAGUCAUUUAGACAAAAUAUUUAAUUCUUACGUAACAAUGAUUUCGAUGACUUUAAAAUAGAAUAUUUGUCAAACUAUAAUUCAGUCAUUAAUCAUUUAUUUAUUUGUGAAAUUACAACUUGAUUUAUUGAAGUAGGCUUGUAAGCAUGAUCACUUGGUUUUUGAUGACUUAUGUUGACUGGUUAUUGCUUCUAAAUGUCUCUUAUUAAAAUGUAAUUAUGCGAAUUUCAUGGGUUAUGCUGAGACAUGUACAUGUAUGAUAUAUGGUCACUUCAGCUGUGAGGAAAUAACAAUGGUAGAAAUUCCACUGAAUAUAUGUUUGUAGUCUAACGACUAUUGUCUGUGGAAGUAAGUACUAGAUUUGAGACAAUGGAGGUAAUGAGAUACGAAUGAUCCAGUAGACGUUAAAGUGGGAGUGUACGUAGUUGAGUAUUGUUCUAGGUAAGGACACGUUAUAUAAGCGUACAAAGAGAGGAAAUUAACAAAAUAAGACUACAUUCGAGGCGAAGGAAAUGAGAUCAAAUGACACCUAACUCUAAAUUUAAAUUAAGGUAGAGAAUAAAUGCAACUAUAAAUUUAUAGCAUUUGAGCUCUUGGUGGUCUUGGAAAAUGAAAAGGUGCCUUGGAGUCUAGAUAGGCCUCCGGAAAAUCAGAAUUGCUCAUUAUUGGCUAUCAAUUCGCAAAUUAGUUAAACAUUUAAAGUAUAUGAUUUCGUUGAAUGGGCUUUUCCUUGGGCAGAGAAAGUAAGUGGUGAAAUGUUAACUAAUAUUGAGUUUUAAGGCAUCGAAUGUUUGAAUUUACUUAUUGUAAAUGAUCUUUGAUUUAGAUGUUUACAAUACAUACGACCGAUAAGCCCCCUAAACAAAACUGACGUCACGCCACAUUAUCUGUGCAUUGCAACACCCAUUCACAAGUAAAAGUGCUUUUUCUCGAUACACCCAAACUAUUCGGCUUUAAAUCCGAUCUUUAUAUUUUCCCUGGAGUCUAUGACAAGGUACGCUCCCGACUCUUUAUGAACGACCAUAUUUCCGUAGUUUUAAUGACGUAACUUCUGAGUAAUUCAUUCCAUUUGUAUUUUUAAUAGGAGUAACCCAUUUAAUAGAACUGUGCUUACUAAUUCAGACACACCUUCAUGUCAAAUGACAACAUAGAUAUUAAAUUUUGUGAGAAUCUUUGAACUAUUGAGUAGUAUAACCUCGAAAGAGUGAAGGACUUUCUUGCAUACUUAAAAGAGUCUUUCUAUUUUGAAAGUGUCAAUCAAAUUAACUGACUUUUAAGUUAUGCUCAAAAUAUAUUUUUUCUUUAGGUGUAGUUAGCGAGAUUAUAGCAAUAUAUACAGAAAGAGAUCCAUACGGUAUAUGUAAUUUUAUAAUUUUCAUUUAUUUCAAAUACUCAAAAGGGAAGAAUUGAAUAAACCGGGGUUAGACAUUCGUUAAAAUCUUAAAGGAUAGAAUCAAAUUAUCCUAGUGAAGGAUAAUUUGUGAUAUCCGUCUUAUAAUUUGAUUGUGACUGAUCCAUGGUUUCUUACAAUUCUGAAUUACUGAAAAAUUCCCAUUGUAAGUAGAACACAAUUAUAUAAACAAAGAAUAUUCCAUAGUGUCAUUGAAUAAGUAAAAGAGAAUUCAACGAUGAAAUUUUUUUCCCGACGAAAUAAUGUUAUGUAGUCCGCAUAAAGCGAUCACUUUCCAAAUGCAUUUGAGAACACUAUCCGGCUUGGCUUUUAAAUGGUGAAUGUAAAACAAUUACUGGUUCUAUACAGGAACAUUUAAUCAACUGUGGAUACAUCACUCCAAAGAAUUCUUCUUUUAAAGUAAUCUACAGAGUCAUAGGAAUUGGAUCGAGGGGAUAUCGAAUCAAUAAUUUAUGCACUGCUGAAACAUUAGCAAUCUACGAACUCAAGCCCAAACUUUGCGUGUAGAGACGAUUCAUUCAACCUCUCAUCCUUCCUUGCCCCUAAUUCCCUUAAUGGUUAUGUUUCGGGUUUUUUUUCCAGCAUGUUUUUCUGCCUUUUUAUUUGAUUAUCAUUGAAUCAUCAGAAGGGGUUUUGUAGAGAUUUUUGAAAUUUUGCUGGUUGAAAUUAUGAGUCAAUCGAAGCUAGACGAUCAUGGAAAACCUGGAAGCACUAGGCGGCCGUUUCGUCCUAGUAUGGGAUUCCUCAGCAGUGCACAUCCAACAUCCCGUUCGCAGGGCCUUGAUCUACUGGACCACUGAGGAGUCCUACAAUAGGACGAAACGGCCGUCCAGUGCUUCCAGGUUUUCAAUGGUGAUCUGACAUCAAUCAGUUCAUGAUCUCAAUCAAAAACUUAAUAAUCUCCACAACCGUUAUGCUGAUAAUAAUUUUCUUCCUUAUCCUUUGAUUAGUACGUACCCUCAUUUAAUAUUUAGUCUGGAAUCCAUUUUAUGACACAAUAUUUUUUAUUUUCCUAUAGAUAUAUAUAUACUUUCCAUAUAACUAAAUAUAAAUCUGAAUGUAUAGUUUAAGUAAGUGAUUUCGUCGAAAACAAAAAGAAAUUACUUCACUGAAUUCAUUUCUGAUUCGAAGAAAUAUUCAUUUCAAUAAACUUCUCAUCAGGUUCUACAAUUAUCUCAGAUCCAAAUUAAUAAUCUAUAAAAUUGGUCAGAUUUAAGGCAGAAUAGAUCAUCUUAAAAUUGUAAUAUGUGAAUCAAGGAUUUUGUUAAUGUUAGAGUUGACUAAUAUGACUUCAGAAACAAAUACAAUCAAGUGACCCAAUAGGAGCAGAGGAUAAACAUCCAUCAUCCUCUAUUGCUAAACAUAUAAUUGAAACAGGUCACAAGAUUGAUCUAAAUUCAGCUUUUGUAGUGCUGUAUAAAAGUGUAAAAGGGCGUAUACUAAGGUUUAUUGAAGCCUUAGCCAUACGAAAAUUCAAACUCCCUUUGUGUGUUCAAAAACAGUUUAUCUUACCUUAAACCUACCCUGGUAAUAUUGACUUAUUAUCCAGAGUGAUUAGGUUUCGGUUUGUGUUCAUAUUAUUAUUAUUAUUAUUAUUAUUAUUAUUAUUAUUAUUAUUAUUAUUAUUAUUAUUAUUAUUAUUACUCUUAUCAUUAUCCUUAUUUCCUCUUACCCCUUUUCCUGUCUAGUUGACCUUUUAUUUUUAUAUAUCAAUACUCUUAACAAGUAUAUGUGUGGUCAGAUUGUUCGAAAAGUAUU